CAGAUGCUGCGAUUAUUAGUGACGUUAACCUUAUGGUUGCUUUUAAUAACCAAUCAAGUGGUAUGCUUUUUACCGCAAAGCGUUUGGGUGAAAGGACGUUUGAUGUGUGGCAGUGAUCCGGCCAAGGGUGUUCUUGUGAAGUUGAUUGAUGCUGAUAACGGACCAAAUCCUGAUGAUCUAUUGGAUUCGGCUUAUACGGAUACAGAUGGCUAUUACAAUUUGAAGGGUGACUCAAGUGAGUGGACAAAUAUCGAUCCUGAGUUACGUAUCUAUCAUGAUUGUAUGGAUUUUGGAAAGCCAUGUCAAAGGAAAUGGGUUAUACGAAUACCCGACAAAUAUAUUUUCGAUGGAACUGAGCCGGGUAAAGCGAUGAAUUUGGGCACAAUGAAUCUGGAAGUGGAACUGGAGGAUGAAGAUCAAGACUGUGACCGUCAGCCUCAUAAUUUGUGUUUUCAAGGAUCCGAUCCGGAUGAUGAACUGGAUGUCGGCUUUACGGAUGAAAAUGGUAAUUUUGAUUUAUCAGGUGGAACGGCCGAAAUGACAACUAUUGAUCCACAUUUGAAAGUUUACCACGACUGUAAUGAUGGCAAAACGCCUUGUCAAAGACGUUGGAAGUUCGAAUUACCCAAUCACUAUAUUCAACUACCCACACAUCGUCAUCACCACCACCAACAGCAGCAGCAGCAGCCGCCGCAAUACUCUUCACACGAAGUACACUUGAAACGAAAAACUCUUAAUAUUGGCGUCUGGAAUCUCGAAGCCAUAUUACCAGCCGAAAGCCACGAUUGUAUACAUUGA